GGGCGGUGGCUGCUGGGCGUCCUGCUCGCCCUGUGCCGCCUGGCCGCGCCGCUCGCCAAGAGCCUCGAGCCCGUCUCCUGGAGCUCCGGCAACCCCAAGUUCGCAAGUGGGAAAGGGCUGGUCAUCUACCCGGAGAUCGGGGACAAACUGGACAUUAUCUGCCCCAAGGCGGAGCCGUCCAAGCCUUACGAAUACUACAAGCUGUACCUGGUGAAGARGGACCAGGCCGAUGCCUGCAGCACCGUCAUGGAUCCCAACGUGCUGGUGACUUGCAACCGGCCCGAGCAGGAGAUCCGCUUCACUAUCAAGUUUCAGGAGUUCAGCCCCAACUACAUGGGCCUGGAAUUCAAAAGACAGCAAGAUUACUUCAUUACAUCCACCUCUAAUGGGACUCUGGAUGGCCUGGAGAACCGCGAAGGAGGCGUCUGCCAGACCCGCUCCAUGAAGAUUGUCAUGAAAGUGGGGCAGGACCCGAACGCGGUGAUCCCAGAGCAGCUGACGACGAGUCGGCCUAGCAAGGAGUCYGACAACACAGUGAAGAUCGUCACGCAGAGCCCGCGCCACAGGGUGCCCGCGGUGGAGGAGCCGGGGAAGCCAGGGCCCGUCAACCAAGAUGGGCAGGAAACCCAAGGUCCCAGCGACGGGUUCUUUGGCUCCAAGGUUGCGAUUUUCGCGGCGAUUGGUGCUGGCUGUGUCAUCUUCAUCCUCAUCAUCAUCUUCCUCGUCGUGCUCCUGAUCAAGAUCCGCAAGCGGCACCGGAAGCACACGCAGCAGCGGGCCGCAGCCUUGUCCCUCAGCACCCUGGCCAGCCCCAAAUGCAGCGGGAACGCGGGCUCGGAACCCAGCGAUAUCAUCAUCCCCUUACGGACUACAGAAAACAACUACUGCCCUCACUACGAGAAGGUGAGCGGGGACUACGGGCACCCCGUCUACAUUGUCCAGGAGAUGCCCCCCCAGAGCCCAGCCAACAUUUACUACAAGGUGUGAGGAGCAGCYGCGGCAACCGGCCGAUGCAAGAGCCCGGGAGCGCGGCGGGCGCGGGGCCCCGCGCUCGUGCGCCC